AAACUAAAAUAUAAAUCUAUUCUAAAAAAGAUGGUAAUAAAACUAAAAUAUAAAUCUAGUCUAAAAAGAUGGUAAUAAAAGUAAAAUGUAAAUCUAGUCUAAAAAGAUGGUAAUAAAAGUAAAAUGUAAAUCUAGUCUAAAAAAGAUGGUAAUAAAAGUAAAAUAUAAAUCUAGUCUAAAAAGAUGGUAAUAAAAGUAAAAUGUAAAUCUAGUCUAAAAAAGAUGGUAAUAAAAGUAAAAUGUAAAUCUAGUCUAAAAAGAUGGUAAUAAAAGUAAAAUGUAAAUCUAGUCUAAAAAGAUGGUAAUAAAAGUAAAAUGUAAAUCUAGUCUAAAAAGAUGGUAAUAAAAGUAAAAUGUAAAUCUAGUCUAAAAAAGAUGGUAAUAAAAGUAAAAUAUAAAUCUAGUCUAAAAAGAUGGUAAUAAAAGUAAAAUGUAAAUCUAGUCUACAAAAGAUGGUAAUAAAACUAAAAUGUAAAUCUAGUCUAAAAAAGAUAGUAAUAAAACUAAAAUGUAAAUCUAGUUUAAAAAUGGUAAUAAAACUGAAAUGUAAACUUAGUCUAGAACAGAUGUUAGAAGAACAAAAAAUGUAAAUCUAGUUUUAGUUUGAGAUCUGGAAUGAGCAAUUGACAAGCCGCUAAUCUACCACAAAGUUUGUUGGUCUUCUCCUUCAUGAGGGAGAGAUGACCGGCUGUACGUUCGAGUGCUUAACACCCGUAUGUGGAAGUCCAAAAUUACCAUGUGAACGAAACACCCGUAUGUUCGAUUUUCACUGUGUUACGCAACAUCAGGUCAACUGAAAUGACAUAAUGAUACGUCUAAAUCGGAGACUAUCUAUUCAUACCUCUUACAUUGCGGCAAAGAAAGCCAUAAGACGGCUCCUGCGAGAAGGCGGUAUGGACAAACACGACAUCACGUGUCUGGUCGUAGGACUCGGAAACUACGGCAAAGAGCGUACGCGACAUAGUGCGGGAAGGCUUGUCGUCGACAGCUUGGCCGCCUCGUUAGAUUUAGAAUGGGAAAGAAGGAGGGAAAUUCUCGGUCACGUGGCUGAGUUGACAACAGAUGACAAGAGACUUUUACUUCUCAAACCGAGACUGUAUAUGAACGAGAACGGAAAGAGUGUGGCAAAAGCGGUUAAACAUUUUGGUGUUCUUCCUGACGAUGUCUUCUUGGUGCAUGAUGACUUGGAAUUACCUUUGGGGAAGUGUGAUAUCAAGAUGGGCGGUAGUGCAAGAGGACACAAUGGGGUUCGAUCUACAAUGACACACCUUCAGUCAGAUAAAAUGGGUCGACUGAGAUUUGGAAUUGGACGUCCUAUACUCAAGCAGCAUGUGACUAGCUAUGUAUUAAGUGAGUUUGACGACACUGAAUUGUCACUAGUUCAAGCAACCGUUCAGACGUCCGUAGAAUUAUUGAUAAUGAAAUUUGCUCAUUUUAUACCACAACUGAAAGACAGCAUUCAUGACGAUGAACACAGAAGAGAACAGAAAUAACAUGUAGUAUGUAUGUAUGUACAGACAGGCCAUUGACAGGAGCAAUGCCUGAAUGCUGUAUUUAUAUUUAACUUAAGACAGAAUGUGUAUAUGAAAUUGAUCACACUAUUUGCUGGUACCGUGGCCACUCACA